UUGGCACCGUCUGUAUAUGUACAGGUAUGAGUAUGCUGGAAAGCAAAGGAAGUCACCACAUGCCUCUACCUAUAGGAAGAACCACAGUGAAAGUCAUAGCUGCAAAUGCAGCAUGGGUCAUGUGUGUUGGCUACUCAGCUACCACCAGCCUCCCCGAUGGUGAUGAUACAAUUUUCCUAAGUGGAGAAGAAUUCUUCUUAAAUCCUGAAAAAAAUGCAUACUCUUCCCCCAAUUUACAUGGAAUUGAGUUCUUAGGAAAUUAAAUGAUACUGAAUUUGAGCAAAAAUUUCUUCGAAUUUAUAAAGUGGAUUGUUUUCUAGAUCCAUAAGUAUUCUUUUUUUUUUUACAUGGAAAUCUGAUGAAAUGUUUAAAAAUGGUACAGAACGUGGAACAGUCUUGACUGUGUAGAGCUGUCCUGUACAUUGCAGGCCGUUGAGCAUCCCUGGUUUCUAUUCACACUAAGUGCCACAAGUUUCUCUCUCCCAUUACCACUGUGACAGCCAACCAGUUUGGAAAUCUGCUUGGCAUUGUGUUAAAAUCAGCAUUUCCCAUGAUCUAGCAAUCUACUUCUAGUUAUGUGCACAUCAGAAAUGAGUACUUAUGUGCAUUGUAAGUUUUGUUCAAGAAUGUUUGCAGCAACACUAUUCCUAAUAGUCCCCAAUGCAGACAACUCUAAUGUCCCCUCAAUAAUGCAAUGGAUACAUAAAUUGUGCCAUAAUCUUACAAAAGUCGUACAAAGGAAUAAUGUGCAACAAUAAAACUGAACAAAUUGCUCCUACAGAAGCCAUGCAGGAAUCUCACAAUGUUGAGUGGCAGAACCAUACAUAAAAGAAUACAUACUACAUGAUUCAAUAAGUUCAAAUACAAGCAAAACAAAUGUAUAUUGUUUUUUGGCAUAAUGCAUGGAGAAGGAAUGAGGUGUGUUUUUGUGGUGCUGAUAGAGUUCUAGUUCUUGACCUGGGUGGGGUUUACAGGUGUGUUCAUUUUAUGAUAAUUCAUUAGCAGAGGGGAGUGUAUGAAGACAGUUCUACAGGAUGAGAUUCGUAAAGGAAAGGAAAAAAAAUGACUGUGAUUUUUAAAAAGUCAGCGCCCUCCAUUUCCUAGGAGUGGGGGCCAGGAAAAACCAAACCAGAGAAGCUAAUUCCAGCUCAAACUCAAAUCCUCGGAGAUCCGAAGAUUCAAGUGUCUGUCAUUCAGGGCAAAAGGUAUUCCCAGAUUUGUACAAGGUGAUUACAAAAGUGACCAGUCUCUUCACUACCCAGCAUAAGAGGGGAAGGAAAAACCGAAGUUGAAAAACAUUAAGUUACUGUCCAACCAGGCAGUCUGGAGCUCCUGAAAUCACCUCACAACCUGAGGCCCAUAUAACCGGGCGGAACCAAGGACCUACUUUGGAACACCUUUUGUUGUGUCCUAGCAACGCACCUCGCCCAUGCCUAGGAGGCCUACUCCCUCUCCCCUGUGGGUGGCUCACUCAACUGGGCUCUCUCAAUGGUCCUAAGGGCUUGGAUUUGCACACUGAUUCUGGUGCCAUUCAGUUCUCGGGUUCUCUGCUGCUCAGAGAAAGCAGGGGGGAGGGACAGCGAGAAAAAAUAUUUAAGAAACAAACAAAAAAAUUUUUUUCAAGAUUUGCUAAUUUUUAAACAAUUUUAGGCUCAUUCAAAUCUCCAGGUGGGAAAAUUACUUUUGUUCAAACUUCAUAUAAAGAAGGAAGAAAAGAGACCCGUUGAGGACCUAGCAAGAGCUGACUGGGGACUGGAUAUGUUGGACACCAUUGUCCCUUCCCUGCAGGACCUGGGCAGGCAGGUAAUGCCCACACUGCCCUUACUGAGCCAGGAAGAAGUCUCUACUAUUUGGGAGCAUGUGUCAAAUUUUGUGAAACGGCAGCUAUCCCUACACAAGGGCGUUCAGAUUCCAGGACUUGGAAUUUUCACUUUUAUGAGACAAAAACUUGAGGUGGGAAACAACAGGUUUAUUCUGAUUCAGAGGCCCAUGUUUAUCAUGUCGAAGAAGUUAAUACAGAUCCAUGGACUCAAACAAAACAAAGUCUUUACUCCUGGUAAUAUCCCAAUUGUUCCACUUAAUUUUGUUAUGAUAUCCCUGGAGGGUCCAUUUAAGAGGGAUACAGUGGAAGGAUGUGUGAAGGAGACGUUGCUUUUUUUAUCACGAUCCAUUUCCAUCAAACAAAAUGUGGAAUUUACAUUCAAAGGAAUUGGGAUCCUCGAGAUCAGAGAUGGCAUAGUGAAGAUGAGAUUUUAUAAGGACUUCCUUUGUACAAUGGAUGGAAGUGGGGCUUUAGCAAAAGCCCUAGCAAAUAGGCCUGGCACUGUGGACUCGGUGCUGUCCAGCCGAGAGACCUUCAGGAAGCAGCCCAACAGCACGGUUGCAUUUCCAAGGAUUGAGCUUAAGGAGAUGGAGAACAAAUCGCCUAUGGAGACCAUUGUAGAAGAAGGUAGAAAGAAUAGACAAAGGAAGAGCAAGUUGAAAGACCAGACAGACAAAGAAGAAGGCGUCAGAGAGAUCUUAUCACCCAAGGGACUUCAGGAUAGACAAGCUGUCUCUUCUGCCAAAGUGACUGGCAUCGACUUGCCAAAUAAGUUCAAGGAGAGUGGGAGUGGUGGGAAGAAUGUGAGCCCUGAAAGCUUAUCAUCUCCAGGAUGUCUGAAAAAUGACAAUGAAAUAAAGCAUAAAAUUUCUCCAGCUACUUCUUGCCAGGAUCAUAAUAAGGCAGGACAGGAGAUGUGUUAUGUAUGUUUGCAACGAGCACAACGAAAUUCCCCAUUGCUCCUCAAUGUAGAGAGGAGGAGGAAAGAGAUAGAAGAUGAGCAACUCGCACAGCAGUAUCAAAUAGUGAAAGAUCAAGAAGCUCUCUUCAAAUCCCAGAUGAGAAACCUGGCUGUUAGAGAACAGAAUCAAAAAAAUGCUGCCUAUAACCUUGGAGUUGCUGACGCUGUGAGAAUCCAUAAGAAUGAGAAACCUAAAUUUUAUAAAUCCUCCCUAUUUGAUAAACGGCCACUCAGUCCUGAGAUUCAUGCUUUAAAGCAAGAGGAAUAUUUCCAAAGUCUCCUGAAGCAAAUGGAUAGUAGACGGGAAAAGGAAAAAAGGCAAAGACAAAACAAAGAGUUAAUGGACCACCUAGAACAAGUACAACUCACAGAAGAACUUGCUGCACAAAGAGCCAGGUAUAUAAAAGAUAAGAUGGAAGAAAUACAGUGUUACAAGAACGCUUUGGAUGCACAGAUAAAGAACAAACACUCCCAGCUGCCCAUGUCUGAGCCAAACUCUUUUGAGCCUGUGUUUGAUAAGAAUUGGGCUGAGCUGGUGGAGGCAAAGCGAAAGCGAGAACUGAGCUACAUGAAUCACCAGCUGGAGGCAGCUGCUAGCCACAAGAGGAAGGCCAUCCUGCACCAGCUGCUGGACCAGAAGCGGGACUUGCUGAUGCUUCAGAGGACACAAGAAGAGCGCUUGGCAGACAGAAAUGCUGAGCUGGAGCGAGUGAACAGAAUGAAGCAGAGCUUACAGGAGGACUGGGAAAGGAGUGCUGCAAUGAAGAGGCAGCGGGACCUGGAGGAGAAGGCUUUCCAGCGGGCCUCAGACAAGCUCUUCCUCCUGGACCAGUGUCAGCAGUAUCAGCGUUGCAAGCAGUGCCAGAGGUGCACCUCCCGCAGGAGUGACAGCAACCUGUGGCCCCUGAACAAGUACCUGCGUGGCUCCUCGUUGUUUGUGUGAAAUUCAAAGUUAGGACCUGUGUUUCCUGGGGGAAGUUUUUAUUUUUUUAAUGUUUGGGAGUGAUGGUGAAGCUACGUACUUGUACUUUAGAGGAAAAAGCAUCUAUUGUGCGGUUAUGGUGCUUCAAAAAGCAUCACGAGAUGGCUUUUUAGCCCCUUAAUGAAUUCACAGAGACAGUUUCUCCCCCUAUCUUCCUCCCACCCCCACAGAACCCUGCUGCCAUCAGGGCUGGGAAUGGGAGCCUGCUUUACCCUGGCUGCUCGGCUGCUGCUGACCCAGCCCUGCCACUCCCUUUGUGAUUUUGUGUAAGAAACUAUCUUUUCGUCAUCUAUAAUGAAUAAUGUCAUAAUAAAUAUUGUCUAUAUGCCUGA